CUUAUCUGCAAUGGCAGUUCCGACCGUCUUGUCAGUUCAAGUCUUACUAAUUACAUAUAACAGUUAGGGAGAAUUUUUUAAUUUAGAUUGCGGGUUGGAAUUAGUUCUUGAGGAUGUCGAAAACAAUUUCCGAGGUGAUUGCUUGCUUGGUAGUAAUCUACCUUACAGCUGGACAGAGUUGUCAAUUUUCUACAGUUACGUUGUAUAAAACUACGCAGCUCCCGAAUACGUUUUCAAACACGCAUACUGCUGCUACGCAUCUACCUUCUGCUUCACACAACGUGAAGACCGGAACACUACCUUCCCCGGGAAUUCGUGUGGAUUCGUUCCUUCCCGUCAUAUUUUCCCGUAAAGUGGCCUUUAGUGUGAGGAAAGCUACAGAACCGCUGCAGGCAGACACUCGCAUUCAUUUCAGGGACGUGUUGGCUAACGUGGGUGGAUCCUGGAACCCCGAAAGCAGCGAGUUUCUUGCUCCAUACGAUGGAAAAUAUUUUUUCAUAUUUCACGCAAUAGGAGGGAGAACCAGCGACUUUACAAUGGCUUUAAUGAAGAAUGGGAAAUUUGAAGUUACUGCUUACGGAACAUUGACGGCUUUCAAACAUGGGUCCAACUCUGCCGUGUUGGAACUCAAACGUGAAGACAAGGUGUCCCUAAAACUGCAGCAGGGUGCAAUCUACGAGCAUUCGGGCAACGAGACCUACACUACCUUCACUGGCUUCCUUGUCUUCUAAUGUUAAUUUUUGGAAUUUCUUCCAUUUAAUGAGUAAAUAUAUCUCCUUACUCUGUGACUUAACUUUGAAAACUAAUCAGAUUUAUUAGUAUGGUAACUUUAAAAUAUAUAAUUUUUUAAUUUAA